CUCAUCCAACCCCCAUCAAACACACCUGAACAAGCUAAUUAAGGCCUUCCAGACUACUGGAAAGCUACAGGCAGGUGAGCUUGAUCAACGUUGGAAUUGAUCUCCUUGGAUUUUUUAGGAACCCAUUUUACACAGAGUUUGCUACUGCAGCAACACGUGUUGGUUUAGCUUUGUGUGCUUCUUCUGACGCACAAAUUCAGGGCCUUUUCCAGCAGAGUUUGUUGUGAGAUCACAGGUCGGGAGGAUGACCGCUCGAGUGGAUUUCUCGUUGAUUGCUGCUUUGUUGUAUCUGUUCGGAUACUUGAGCAUCGCUCAUGCUAUUCAAAGACGUAACACAGGUGACAAGAUCUGUUGACUUCAUUACACAACCUGAAGAAAUGCAGAAACAAGUGGCUCAGUGUUAGAGAGUAAUUAACAGUUUAGGAAUGUGUAGGCUUUAAAAGUCUUGAUCUGAACAGACACGUAGAAUCUGUAUUUAAAGCCCUGAUACACAAAUGCUGAAGCCACACUCUCUGGCCUCUGAAAAUGAUCCUCUUGAAUCCUCUAGUGGAUGGUUUUUGUCCGGCGACGCUGACGUUCGUGCCGGCCCGUCGAGGAUGUUCUUCUGAUGAAGACUGCCCUGGAGGACACAAAUGCUGUCGAUUUGACUGUGGGCCUGUUUGUGUGCUGCCUGUUUUCAGUGAGUUUCAUUUAAUGGCUGCUAAGGGUCUUAAAACAACACCCGUAACCCGUUGAAUUCCAUGUUGGUUUUAAGCAGAAAUUUUUCCUUGUUCUCGUCUGAAGUAGGUUUUGAAUCUAUCACUUAGGAUAGAUUAAUGCACAGGAUGACUUCACAAAAGAGGAAUAAUACUAACUUGCUGUUCAUGCUUUGAGUGUGUCGUGCUGUAUAUUGAAGUGGCUGACUAUGUGCACAAACUAAAGCUGACCGUCUGUGUGCACGCAGUGAAGCCGGGUCAGUGUCCCUUACCAGAGAUGAUCCCACUGUGUGCUGAAAGCUGUUUCCAUGAUGGCCAGUGUCCUGCCACACAGAAGUGUUGCCCAACCACCGGUGGCUUUGCAUGCAGCGAACCACGUGGUCAGGGAAGAGGUCAGAUGAGCUGUCAGGGACAUGGACCGGUUCGUGGACAGGGCCAGGGAAGCGGCCAGGGUCAGGGACAGGGCCAGGGAAGCGGCCAGGGUCAGGGACAGGGCCAGGGAAGCGGACAGGGCCAGGGAAGCGGCCAGGGUCAGGGACAGGGCCAGGGAAGCGGCCAGGGUCAGGGACAGGGCCAGGGAAGCGGCCAGGGUCAGGGACAGGGCCAGGGAAGCGGCCAGGGUCAGGGACAGGGCCAGGGAAGCGGCCAAGGUCAGGGACAGGGCCAGGGAAGCGGCCAGGGUCAGGGACAGGGCCAGGGAAGUGGACAGGGACUGGGCCAGGGACAAGGUCAGGGACAAGGCCAGGGAAGCGGUCAGGGCCAGGGACGCGGUCAGGGACGCGGUCAGGGACAGGGACAAGGUCAGGGAAGCGGUCAGGGACAAGGCCAGGGACAGGGACAAGGCCAGGGAAGCGGUCAGGGCCAGGGACAAGGCCAGGGCCAGGGACAGGGUCAGGGUCAGGGACAGGGCCAGGGAAGCGGUCAGGGUCUGGGACAAGGCCAGGGAAGCGGACAGGGUCAGGGACAGGGCCAGGGAAGCGGUCAGGGACAAGGCCAGGGAAGCGGUCAGGGACAAGGUCAGGGCCAGGGCCAGGGAAGCGGUCAGGGACAGGGACAAGGACAGGGCCAGGGACAGGGACAAGGCCAGGGAAGCGGUCAGGGACAAGGCCAGGGAAGCGGUCAGGGACAAGGCCAAGGAAGCGGCCAGGGACAGGGCCAGGGACAGGGCCAGGGACAGGGCCAGGGACAGGGCCAGGGACAGGGCCAGGGACAAGGCCAGGGACAAGGCCAGGGACAAGGCCAGGGACAAGGCCAGGGACAAGGCCAGGGACAAGGCCAGGGACAAGGCCAGGGACAAGGCCAGGGACAAGGCCAGGGACAAGGCCAGGGACAGGGACAAGGCCAAGGCCAGGGACAAGGCCAAGGACAGGGCCAGGGAAGCGGUCAGGGCCAAGGACAGGGCCAGGGACGCGGCCAGGGUCAGGGACAAGGCCAGGGACGCGGCCAGGGUCAGGGCCAAGGCCAGGGACGCGGCCAGGGUCAGGGACAAGGCCAGGGACAAGGCCAGGGUCAGGGCCAGGGCCAAGGCCAGGGUCAGGGCCAAGGACAGGGACAAGGCCAAGGUCAAGGUCAAGGUCAGGGACAAGGAAGCGGUCAGGGACAAGGUCAGGGACAGGGCCAGGGAAGCGGUCAGGGACAGGGACAGGGCCAGGGAAGCGGUCAGGGACAGGGUCAGGGACAGGGAAGCGGUCAGGGACAGGGACAGGGAAGCGGUCAGGGACAGGGACAGGGAAGCGGUCAGGGACAGGGAAGCGGUCAGGGACAGGGCCAGGGAAGCGGUCAGGGACAGGGUCAGGGACAGGGUCAGGGAAGCGGUCAGGGACAGGGCCAGGGACAGGGCCAGGGAAGCGGCCAGGGACAGGGCCAGGGAAGCGGCCAGGGACAGGGUCAGGGACAGGGCCAGGGAAGCGGCCAGGGACAGGGCCAGGGAAGCGGCCAGGGACAGGGUCAGGGACAAGGCCAGGGAAGCGGCCAGGGACAGGGCCAGGGAAGCGGCCAGGGACAGGGUCAGGGACAAGGCCAGGGAAGCGGUCAGGGCCAGGGAAGCGGACAAGGCCAGGGACAAGGCCAGGGAAGCGGCCAGGGACAGGGCCAGGGACGCGGUCAGGGACAGGGUCAGGGACAGGGCCAGGGAAGCGGCCAGGGACAGGGCCAGGGAAGCGGUCAGGGACAAGGCCAGGGAAGCGGUCAGGGACAAGGUCAGGGACAAGGCCAGGGUCAGGGAAGCGGUCAGGGACAAGGCCAGGGUCAGGGACAGGGACAAGGCCAGGGAAGCGGUCAGGGACAAGGCCAGGGAAGCGGUCAGGGCCAGGGAAGCGGACAAGGCCAGGGACAAGGCCAGGGAAGCGGUCAGGGCCAGGGAAGCGGACAAGGCCAGGGACAGGGCCAGGGACGCGGUCAGGGACAGGGUCAGGGACAGGGCCAGGGAAGCGGCCAGGGACAGGGCCAGGGAAGCGGCCAGGGACAAGGCCAGGGAAGCGGUCAGGGACAGGGCCAGGGAAGCGGACAAGGCCAGGGCCAGGGACGCGGUCAGGGACAGGGUCAGGGACAAGGCCAGGGAAGUGGUCAGGGACAGGGUCAGGGACAGGGAAGCGGUCAGGGACAGGGUCAGGGACAGGGCCAGGGAAGCGGUCAGGGACAGGGUCAGGGACAGGGCCAGGGAAGCGGUCAGGGACAGGGACAGGGACAGGGAAGCGGUCAGGGACAGGGUCAGGGACAGGGACAGGGAAGCGGCCAGGGACAAGGCCAGGGACAAGGCCAGGGAAGCGGUCAGGGACAGGGCCAGGGAAGCGGCCAGGGACAAGGCCAGGGACAAGGCCAGGGAAGCGGUCAGGGCCAGGGAAGCGGACAAGGCCAGGGAAGCGGUCAGGGCCAGGGAAGCGGACAAGGCCAGGGACAGGGCCAGGGAAGCGGCCAGGGACAGGGCCAGGGAAGCGGUCAGGGACAGGGCCAGGGAAGCGGUCAGGGACAGGGCCAGGGACAAGGCCAGGGAAGCGGUCAGGGCCAGGGAAGCGGUCAGGGACAAGGCCAGGGUCAGGGAAGCGGUCAGGGACAAGGCCAGGGUCAGGGACAGGGACAAGGUCAGGGAAGCGGUCAGGGACAAGGCCAGGGAAGCGGUCAGGGACAAGGCCAGGGAAGCGGUCAGGGACAAGGCCAGGGAAGCGGUCAGGGACAAGGCCAAGGAAGCGGUCAGGGCCAAGGCCAGGGUCAGGGCCAAGGACAGGGACAAGGCCAGGGUCAGGGCCAAGGACAGGGCCAAGGCCAGGGUCAGGGCCAAGGACAGGGACAAGGCCAAGGACAGGGACAAGGCCAAGGUCAAGGACAAGGCCAGGGACAGGGCCAGGGAAGCGGUCAGGGACAAGGCCAGGGUCAGGGACAAGGCCAGGGUCAGGGACAAGGCCAGGGUCAGGGACAAGGCCAGGGUCAGGGACAAGGCCAGGGACAGGGACAAGGACAGGGACAAGGCCAAGGACAGGGACAAGGCCAGGGUCAGGGACAAGGCCAGGGAAGCGGCCAGGGACAAGGCCAGGGUCAGGGCCAAGGACAGGGACAGGGACAAGGCCAAGGUCAAGGUCAAGGUCAGGGACAAGGACAGGGCCAGGGAAGCGGUCAGGGACAGGGUCAGGGACAAGGCCAGGGAAGCGGUCAGGGACAGGGCCAGGGAAGCGGUCAGGGACAGGGCCAGGGAAGCGGUCAGGGACAGGGAAGCGGUCAGGGACAAGGUCAGGGACAGGGCCAGGGAAGCGGUCAGGGACAAGGUCAGGGACAGGGCCAGGGAAGUGGUCAGGGACAGGGUCAGGGACAGGGACAGGGAAGCGGACAGGGCCAGGGAAGCGGUCAGGGACAGGGCCAGGGAAGCGGUCAGGGACAAGGCCAGGGACAAGGCCAGGGAAGCGGUCAGGGCCAGGGAAGCGGACAAGGCCAGGGAAGCGGUCAGGGCAAGGGAAGCGGACAAGGCCAGGGACAGGGCCAGGGAAGCGGCCAGGGACAGGGCCAGGGAAGCGGUCAGGGACAGGGCCAGGGAAGCGGUCAGGGACAAGGCCAGGGAAGCGGUCAGGGCCAGGGAAGCGGUCAGGGACAGGGCCAGGGAAGCGGCCAGGGACAGGGCCAGGGACAAGGACAGGGCCAGGGACGCGGUCAGGGACAAGGUCAGGGACAGGGACAAGGCCAGGGAAGCGGUCAGGGACAAGGCCAAGGAAGCGGUCAGGGCCAAGGCCAGGGUCAGGGACAAGGCCAGGGCCAAGGCCAGGGUCAGGGCCAAGGACAGGGACAAGGCCAAGGACAGGGACAAGGCCAAGGUCAAGGACAAGGCCAGGGACAGGGCCAGGGAAGCGGUCAGGGACAAGGCCAGGGUCAGGGACAAGGCCAGGGUCAGGGACAAGGCCAGGGACAGGGACAAGGCCAAGGACAAGGCCAGGGACAGGGCCAGGGAAGCGGUCAGGGCCAGGGACAAGGCCAGGGCCAGGGACAAGGCCAGGGACAAGGCCAGGGUCAGGGACAAGGCCAGGGAAGCGGCCAGGGUCAGGGACAAGGACAGGGACAAGGCCAGGGUCAGGGCCAAGGACAGGGACAAGGCCAGGGUCAGGGCCAAAGACAGGGACAAGGCCAAGGUCAAAGUCAAGGUCAGGGACAAGGACAGGGCCAGGGAAGCGGUCAGGGACAGGGUCAGGGACAAGGCCAGGGAAGCGGUCAGGGACAGGGCCAGGGAAGCGGUCAGGGACAGGGAAGCGGUCAGGGACAGGGAAGCGGUCAGGGACAGGGCCAGGGAAGCGGUCAGGGACAAGGUCAGGGACAGGGCCAGGGAAGUGGUCAGGGACAGGGUCAGGGACAGGGACAGGGAAGCGGCCAGGGACAGGGUCAGGGACAAGGCCAGGGACAGGGCCAGGGACAGGGCCAGGGACAAGGCCAGGGAAGCGGCCAGGGACAGGGCCAGGGACAAGGCCAGGGAAGCGGUCAGGGACAGGGCCAGGGAAGCGGACAAGGCCAGGGACAGGGCCAGGGACGCGGUCAGGGACAGGGACAGGGCCAGGGAAGUGGUCAGGGACAGGGCCAGGGAAGUGGUCAGGGACAGGGUCAGGGACAGGGACAGGGAAGCGGUCAGGGACAGGGUCAGGGACAGGGCCAGGGAAGCGGUCAGGGACAGGGUCAGGGACAGGGCCAGGGAAGCGGUCAGGGACAGGGUCAGGGACAGGGCCAGGGAAGCGGUCAGGGACAGGGACAGGGAAGCGGUCAGGGACAGGGUCAGGGACAGGGCCAGGGAAGCGUUCAGGGACAGGGUCAGGGACAGGGCCAGGGAAGCGGUCAGGGACAGGGUCAGGGACAGGGCCAGGGAAGCGGUCAGGGACAGGGCCAGGGAAGCGGCCAGGGACAGGGUCAGGGACAAGGCCAGGGACAGGGCCAGGGACAGGGCCAGGGAAGCGGCCAGGGACAAGGCCAGGGACAAGGCCAGGGAAGCGGUCAGGGCCAGGGAAGCGGUCAGGGACAAGGUCAGGGACAAGGCCAGGUUCAGGGAAGCGGUCAGGGACAAGGCCAGGGUCAGGGACAGGGACAAGGUCAGGGAAGCGGUCAGGGACAGGGCCAGGGAAGUGGACAGGGACAGGGCCAGGGACAAGGUCAGGGACAAGGCCAGGGAAGCGGUCAGGGCCAGGGACGCGGUCAGGGACAGGGACAAGGUCAGGGAAGCGGCCAGGGACAAGGCCAGGGACAAGGCCAGGGACAGGGCCAGGGACAGGGACAGGGACAAGGCCAGGGCCAGGGACAGGGCCAGGGCCAGGGAAGCGGUCAGGGACAGGGUCAGGGACAGGGCCAGGGAAGCGGUCAGGGUCUGGGACAAGGCCAGGGAAGCGGACAGGGACAGGGUCAGGGACAGGGCCAGGGAAGCGGUCAGGGACAGGGCCAGGGAAGCGGUCAGGGACAAGGCCAGGGUCAGGGCCAGGGCCAGGGAAGCGGUCAAGGACAGGGCCAGGGACGCGGUCAGGGACAAGGUCAGGGACAGGGACAAGGCCAGGGAAGCGGUCAGGGACAAGGCCAGGGAAGCGGUCAGGGACAAGGCCAAGGAAGCGGUCAGGGCCAAGGCCAGGGUCAGGGCCAAGGACAGGGAAGCGGUCAGGGACAGGGCCAGGGAAGCGGCCAGGGACAGGGCCAGGGACAGGGCCAGGGAAGCGGUCAGGGACAGGGCCAGGGACAAGGACAGGGCCAGGGACGCGGUCAGGGACAAGGUCAGGGACAGGGACAAGGCCAGGGAAGCGGUCAGGGACAAGGCCAGGGAAGCGGUCAGGGCCAAGGCCAGGGUCAGGGCCAAGGACAGGGCCAAGGACAGGGACAAGGCCAAGGACAGGGACAAGGCCAAGGUCAAGGACAAGGCCAGGGACAGGGCCAGGGAAGCGGUCAGGGCCAAGGCCAGGGUCAGGGACAAGGCCAGGGUCAGGGACAAGGCCAGGGACAAGGCCAGGGACAGGGACAAGGCCAAGGACAGGGACAAGGCCAAGGACAAGGCCAGGGACAGGGCCAGGGAAGCGGUCAGGGCCAGGGACAAGGCCAGGGUCAGGGACAAGGCCAGGGUCAGGGACAAGGCCAGGGAAGCGGCCAGGGUCAGGGACAAGGACAGGGACAAGGCCAGGGUCAGGGCCAAGGACAGGGACAAGGCCAGGGUCAGGGCCAAGGACAGGGACAAGGCCAGGGUCAGGGCCAAGGACAGGGACAAGGCCAGGGUCAGGGCCAAGGACAGGGACAAGGCCAAGGUCAAGGUCAAGGUCAGGGACAAGGACAGGGCCAGGGAAGCGGACAGGGUCAGGGACAGGGCCAGGGAAGCGGUCAGGGACAGGGCCAGGGAAGCGGUCAGGGCCAGGGAAGCGGUCAGGGCCAGGGAAGCGGUCAGGGACAGGGAAGCGGUCAGGGACAAGGUCAGGGACAGGGCCAGGGAAGCGGUCAGGGACAAGGUCAGGGACAGGGCCAGGGAAGCGGUCAGGGACAAGGUCAGGGACAGGGCCAGGGAAGUGGUCAGGGACAGGGUCAGGGACAGGGACAGGGAAGCGGUCAGGGACAGGGUCAGGGACAGGGCCAGGGAAGCGGUCAGGGACAGGGCCAGGGAAGCGGUCAGGGACAGGGUCAGGGACAGGGACAGGGAAGCGGUCAGGGACAGGGUCAGGGACAGGGCCAGGGAAGCGGUCAGGGACAGGGCCAGGGAAGCGGUCAGGGACAGGGUCAGGGACAGGGCCAGGGAAGCGGCCAGGGACAGGGUCAGGGACAAGGCCAGGGAAGCGGCCAGGGACAGGGCCAGGGAAGCGGUCAGGGACAGGGCCAGGGACAAGGCCAGGGAAGCGGUCAGGGACAGGGCCAGGGAAGCGGACAAGGCCAGGGACAGGGCCAGGGACGCGGUCAGGGACAGGGUCAGGGACAAGGCCAGGGAAGUGGUCAGGGACAGGGUCAGGGACAGGGACAGGGAAGCGGUCAGGGACAGGGUCAGGGACAGGGCCAGGGAAGCGGUCAGGGACAGGGUCAGGGACAGGGAAGCGGUCAGGGACAGGGUCAGGGACAGGGACAGGGAAGCGGUCUGGGACAGGGUCAGGGACAGGGCCAGGGAAGCGGUCAGGGACAGGGUCAGGGACAGGGCCAGGGAAGCGGUCAGGGACAGGGAAGCGGCCAGGGACAGGGUCAGGGACAGGGCCAGGGAAGCGGCCAGGGACAAGGCCAGGGACAAGGCCAGGGAAGCGGUCAGGGCCAGGGAAGCGGACAAGGCCAGGGAAGCGGUCAGGGCCAGGGAAGCGGACAAGGCCAGGGACAGGGCCAGGGAAGCGGUCAGGGACAGGGCCAGGGAAGCGGUCAGGGACAAGGCCAGGGACAAGGCCAGGGAAGCGGUCAGGGCCAGGGAAGCGGUCAGGGACAGGGCCAGGGAAGCGGUCAGGGACAGGGCCAGGGAAGCGGUCAGGGACAGGGAAGCGGUCAGGGACAAGGUCAGGGACAGGGCCAGGGAAGCGGUCAGGGACAAGGUCAGGGACAGGGCCAGGGAAGCGGUCAGGGACAAGGUCAGGGACAGGGCCAGGGAAGUGGUCAGGGACAGGGUCAGGGACAGGGACAGGGAAGCGGUCAGGGACAGGGUCAGGGACAGGGCCAGGGAAGCGGUCAGGGACAGGGCCAGGGAAGCGGUCAGGGACAGGGUCAGGGACAGGGCCAGGGAAGCGGCCAGGGACAGGGUCAGGGACAAGGCCAGGGAAGCGGCCAGGGACAGGGCCAGGGAAGCGGUCAGGGACAGGGCCAGGGACAAGGCCAGGGAAGCGGUCAGGGACAGGGCCAGGGAAGCGGACAAGGCCAGGGACAGGGCCAGGGACGCGGUCAGGGACAGGGUCAGGGACAAGGCCAGGGAAGUGGUCAGGGACAGGGUCAGGGACAGGGACAGGGAAGCGGUCAGGGACAGGGUCAGGGACAGGGCCAGGGAAGCGGUCAGGGACAGGGUCAGGGACAGGGAAGCGGUCAGGGACAGGGUCAGGGACAGGGACAGGGAAGCGGUCUGGGACAGGGUCAGGGACAGGGCCAGGGAAGCGGUCUGGGACAGGGUCAGGGACAGGGCCAGGGAAGCGGUCAGGGACAGGGUCAGGGACAGGGCCAGGGAAGCGGUCAGGGACAGGGAAGCGGCCAGGGACAGGGUCAGGGACAGGGCCAGGGAAGCGGCCAGGGACAAGGCCAGGGACAAGGCCAGGGAAGCGGUCAGGGCCAGGGAAGCGGACAAGGCCAGGGAAGCGGUCAGGGCCAGGGAAGCGGACAAGGCCAGGGACAGGGCCAGGGAAGCGGCCAGGGACAGGGCCAGGGAAGCGGUCAGGGACAGGGCCAGGGAAGCGGUCAGGGACAAGGCCAGGGACAAGGCCAGGGAAGCGGUCAGGGCCAGGGAAGCGGUCAGGGACAGGGCCAGGGAAGCGGUCAGGGACAGGGCCAGGGAAGCGGUCAGGGACAGGGAAGCGGUCAGGGACAAGGUCAGGGACAGGGCCAGGGAAGCGGUCAGGGACAAGGUCAGGGACAGGGCCAGGGAAGUGGUCAGGGACAGGGUCAGGGACAGGGACAGGGAAGCGGUCAGGGACAGGGUCAGGGACAGGGCCAGGGAAGCGGUCAGGGACAGGGCCAGGGAAGCGGUCAGGGACAGGGUCAGGGACAGGGACAGGGAAGCGGUCAGGGACAGGGUCAGGGACAGGGCCAGGGAAGCGGUCAGGGACAGGGCCAGGGAAGCGGUCAGGGACAGGGUCAGGGACAGGGCCAGGGAAGCGGCCAGGGACAGGGUCAGGGACAAGGCCAGGGAAGCGGCCAGGGACAGGGCCAGGGAAGCGGUCAGGGACAGGGCCAGGGACAAGGCCAGGGAAGCGGUCAGGGACAGGGCCAGGGAAGCGGACAAGGCCAGGGACAGGGCCAGGGACGCGGUCAGGGACAGGGUCAGGGACAAGGCCAGGGAAGUGGUCAGGGACAGGGUCAGGGACAGGGACAGGGAAGCGGUCAGGGACAGGGUCAGGGACAGGGCCAGGGAAGCGGUCAGGGACAGGGUCAGGGACAGGGAAGCGGUCAGGGACAGGGUCAGGGACAGGGACAGGGAAGCGGUCUGGGACAGGGUCAGGGACAGGGCCAGGGAAGCGGUCAGGGACAGGGUCAGGGACAGGGCCAGGGAAGCGGUCAGGGACAGGGAAGCGGCCAGGGACAGGGUCAGGGACAGGGCCAGGGAAGCGGCCAGGGACAAGGCCAGGGACAAGGCCAGGGAAGCGGUCAGGGCCAGGGAAGCGGACAAGGCCAGGGAAGCGGUCAGGGCCAGGGAAGCGGACAAGGCCAGGGACAGGGCCAGGGAAGCGGUCAGGGACAGGGCCAGGGAAGCGGUCAGGGACAAGGCCAGGGACAAGGCCAGGGAAGCGGUCAGGGCCAGGGAAGCGGUCAGGGACAAGGCCAGGGUCAGGGCCAGGGCCAGGGAAGCGGUCAGGGACAGGGCCAGGGAAGCGGCCAGGGACAGGGCCAGGGACAAGGACAGGGCCAGGGACGCGGUCAGGGACAGGGACAAGGCCAGGGAAGCGGUCAGGGACAAGGCCAGGGAAGCGGUCAGGGACAAGGCCAAGGAAGCGGUCAGGGCCAAGGCCAGGGUCAGGGCCAAGGACAGGGACAAGGCCAGGGUCAGGGCCAAGGACAGGGCCAAGGACAGGGACAAGGCCAAGGACAGGGACAAGGCCAAGGUCAAGGACAAGGCCAGGGACAGGGCCAGGGAAGCGGUCAGGGCCAAGGCCAGGGUCAGGGACAAGGCCAGGGUCAGGGACAAGGCCAGGGACAAGGCCAGGGACAGGGACAAGGCCAAGGACAGGGACAAGGCCAAGGACAAGGCCAGGGACAGGGCCAGGGAAGCAGUCAGGGCCAGGGACAAGGCCAGGGUCAGGGACAAGGCCAGGGACAAGGCCAGGGUCAGGGACAAGGCCAGGGAAGCGGCCAGGGUCAGGGCCAAGGACAGGGACAAGGCCAGGGUCAGGGCCAAGGACAGGGACAAGGCCAGGGUCAGGGCCAAGGACAGGGACAAGGCCAAGGUCAAGGUCAAGGUCAGGGACAAGGACAGGGCCAGGGAAGCGGUCAGGGACAGGGUCAGGGACAGGGCCAGGGAAGCGGCCAGGGACAGGGCCAGGGAAGCGGUCAGGGCCAGGGAAGCGGACAAGGCCAGGGACAGGGCCAGGGACGCGGUCAGGGACAGGGUCAGGGACAAGGCCAGGGUCAGGGAAGCGGUCAGGGACAAGGCCAGGGUCAGGGACAGGGACAAGGUCAGGGAAGCGGUCAGGGACAAGGCCAGGGUCAGGGACAGGGACAAGGUCAGGGAAGCGGACAGGGUCAGGGAAGAAGUCAACAGAAGGGUCAGGGAUGUGGUCAUUGAAGUGGACAUGGGACUUUUGCUUAAUGCUUACUGGAGAUCUUUUCAAUUCAGUGUUAAUCCUAUGGCAUGGUUUUCUUGUUUGCUCAACUGUUUUGAAAGCUUUUCGGUCUACUCCACCUCAAAUAAAGAAUUGCUUGAUUUGAA